CCGCUACCCUUUUAACCUCAGUUGAUUCUGCUGAAAAUUGUCCCAAAGGCAACUUUAAAGAUUCACAAAAGAGGUUCAACAUUAUGCUGCUUAAAGAUGAAAAGGACGCAGAAUCUCACUUCAAAUGGUUAUCAGAAUGUUUUGACAGAAACAUAAAACAAACUACCUCCGUAGAUUUUUCGAAACCAAUUGACAAAACUGAUGUUUUAGAUUUUUCAGUGGAAGAUGCAUUCCAUGGUUAUUCUGCUAAUUUUCAUCCUGAAUUUGUGAAGAAACGGAAACUAAUUUUUAAUUUGGAUCGGAUAGAUCAGAAAAGAUUUCCUUUGGAUAGAAAAUAUGAAUUCCCAAACUCUGCCAGAAAAGGUGUUAAUGUAUAUGUCGUUGACAU